AUGCCCUUUGGAGAAGCUCUACAGCAGAUGCCGCUCUAUGCUAAAUUUCUGAAAGACAUGCUAACUAGGAAGAACAAGUACAUUCAUAGUGACAACAUCAUUGUGGAAGGAAACUGCAGUGAAGUUUCUGUUGGCAAGGCUCUUAUUGACUUGGGGGCCAGUAUUAAUUUGAUGUCACUUUCCAUGUGCCGGAGACUUGGAGAGUUGGAGAUAAUGCCUACUAGGAUGACUUUACAGUUAGCAGAUCGCUCCAUCACCAAACCUUAUGGAGUGAUUGAGGAUGUUCUAGUUCGAGUCAAACAUAUUACUUUUCCUGCAGAUUUUGUGGUUAUGGAUAUAGAGAAGGAUCUUGAAAUUCCCAUAAUUUUGGGACGCCCAUUCAUGUCCACGGCCACCUGUGUAGUAGAUAUGGGGAAAGGUAAAUUAGAACUGAGUGUGGAUGAUCAGAAAAUUUCAUUUGACUUAUUUGAAGCAAUGAAGCACUCAAGUGAUCAGAAGGCCUAUUUUGAUGUGGAUAAGGUAGAAUGGGAGAUUGAAUUAGCAGCUACAGUCAUGGUACUACAGUCUCCUUUUGAAAAAGCACUGAAUAAUCAUGCAGAAUGUUUAACUAAAGAGGAGGAAGAUGAAUUGAAGGUUUGUAUUGAGGAGUUAGAUGGUGCAGGAGAAAAUUCUGUUAGAAAUACUGCGUUUGAAGAAUUGAAAAAUAGUAACCAGUAG